AAACGCCUCUAAAAUAUUCCGGAAUUAUAUUUAUAUUUAAAAAACUAAUGAGCCGUGCGACGCUUCUUACUCAAAAGCGCCUCCAAUUCGUUUACGUUUUUUUUUAAAUAUAUGAACCUCACGUGCGGCGCUUCUAGACAAAAAGGGCCUCCAAAUCAAUCCAGCUAACAGCGGCCGAGAUCUGCCCAUCGCCCACAACGCUAUUGCGCACGAUUGAGAAUCUACUAGCUAGCCGCGGCCGUCGCCCACAACCGAUGAUUGAGAAUCGACUGAACCAGCUAGCCGCGGCCGUCUCCCACAACCGAUGAUUGAGAAUCGACUGAAUCAGCUAGCCGCGGCCGUCCCCACAACCGAUUGAACUGCUAUCGGUGCGCUCUGAACCAGCUAGCGCGAUUGAACUGCUGUCUGCGUCGCUGCUGUCGGUGCUCUCUGUUGCCGUCGUCGUCUGCUCCCGCUAGUUGUGAACUUCUCCAGCUCGCCGUCAAGUACUUCUGCCGCUUGCCUCUUCUACAUAGAUGAUGUAGGUUCAUAUGUGCAGUGGCCAUCUCAUUUAGUUUUUUUUUUUAGGGAGAGGAAGCACCUUCUAAGUCAAAAAAAAGGAAUGAGGCUAAGCAAAAAGUACCCUUUAUCUUGAGAGAUUCACCGAAAGUAACGGUUGAACCCAGCUCACAUUCAUUAGUCAGUGAAACUGUUCUUCAUUCACUUAGCGGUGAUCUUUUAAGAUUGCAUGAUAAUCUUGAGUGGUAUGAGCCCGAUCUUUGUAAGUUUAGUGUUCCUCUUCCUGCGGAGUUGUUCUGUUAUAUUGAUGAUAGCCAAUUUGGGAUCGUUGGUGACCGUCAAGACUUGAGUCAAUUUCUUGAGAGUGAUUCUAUUGAUAUGUCAAUUAUUCAGACCUUUAUGCUUAUUAUGAAUUGCAUAAAAAAGGCACACGGACUUAUUUGAAGCAUGCUCUGGUUCAAAUGUUUGAAAAGAAUCUCAUUCUCUUGGCAUAUAAUGAAGGGUAUCAUUGGAUUUUAUUUGUAAUUUGUCCAAAGGUUGAUAAGGGCUAUAUAUUCAAUUCAUUGCCAAGUUCAUCCAAUUUUGUUAUUCAAGAUGAUCUUACGAUGAUGUAUAGAGUUGCUUCUACUCAAAAAGGUCGUGGCAAAUCAAUCAAAUGGCAUAAUGUCAAGGUUUGGAAUUCAAGAAGUGAACCAUAUACUACGGAGGAGUUUAAUGAUAUCAGAAAUGCGUGGGCUAGGUUUUUCGUAGACGAAGUUAUGAAUAUGUAGUGGAAUUUUUAACAUGAAUCAAACUUGAAUGUAAUUUAUUUCUACUGUGAUACAAAUUUGAACUACUUUUCUAGUUUAGUUUGUGUGAAACGAUUCUAUAUGUAUCAUGUUAUCCAGGAUUUAUGAAUGAAUGUGUAGUUUUGGCUGGUGAUUGAUAUGUAAUUAUGUAAAUAAA